UCGCUUCUGCUUAUUUCCCAUCUGCUUAUGUUUAUUUCUGCUUUCUGCACUUCAGUAUAGUCACAUUAUAGCUAAUCAGCUUAAUCAUUUUUGUUUAAAAAGUGUACAAUAACAAUAUUAGUGUGUUUCACCACUCCAUGAAAAUGGAACAGUGUGAAAAUAUCUACCAAAAUAGUAGUAAAAUGAACAGACCAAAUAACUCAGCAUUUACCAGCACAUGUGUGGAUCCUUACAAUCAAGAAGACAAUGCUCGGAUUCCACAGACUGCAUCUCAACAAUCAGACAGAUCAAAAGUCUACAAAGGAGCCAUUGUGUUGCUCGGUGCUAUUCUGCUGUCUUGUGUCAUAGCCCUAAGUGUCAUUAGAACAGAGACAAACAAGUUACAGAUCGACUAUCACAGGUGUAUUGAUGACAAAGCCAAUUUCAGUAGACAGUACAAAAAUCUGACUACAGAGCGAGAUCAUCUAGAGAAAAGUAAAAAAGCCCAAAUAAAAAAGAAUCAAUGGUUAGAAAAGCUAGUUUUUGGGUGCACGACAGGGUUGAGAAACUUUACAAAUCAUCUUUAUUGUGCCUCUACUAAAGAAUUGACCUGGAAGGAAAGCAGAGACAAUUGCAUGGAAAAGGGAGCAUAUCUUGUGAUCAUAAACAACAUAGAGGAACAGGAGUAUGUGGCUAAUCUCAAAAUUAAUGCAUGGAUUGGCCUCACUGACAGUCAAACAGAGGGAGUGUGGAAAUGGGUGGACAACACUGAACCCAUCCACAAGUACUGGAUGGCAGGUGAGCCUAACGACAUUAAUGGAAUAGAAAACUGUGUGGAGAUACUAAACAGCAUUUCAAGCCAACAAAACUGGAAUGACCUAGCAUGUGAUAAAAGAAAACAUUUUAUCUGUGAAUAUGAAUAUUGAAUUGAUUUCUUGAUUAAUUA